GGGAGGAUAUUUUGGUCAGGAGCGUUACAACGUGGUUGGUUGAGAUGUCUUGGUUGUUUGGCUUUGGCAAACAAACAUCAAAAGACUUCGACAUUCCUGGUGACGUCCCGCCACCACCAAGCCCACCUGCAAGUUUACAGGAUAAGAAACAGUCUAAAGAUACGGCUUCUGCUUACCGAUUUGAUUCAGCUGCACUUGAAAGAGCUGCAAAGGCAGCUAGAGAACUUGAAUCAUCUAGAAGCAUUUGAUCUAUCUCAAAAACAUGAACAAACUUUACAGAUGGAAUAUCAAUCAAAAAUGAAGGAGUACGAGCUUGGAUUAGAACAGAUUAAAAUACAGCAAUAUAGAGCUCAGCAGGAAGAACGCAGGAAAACGCUAGAGGAGGAGGCGAGAAUACAAAAACAGCGCGCCGAUUAUCAAGAUAUGCUGGCUCGUAAACGUCAGGAAGAUCAAAUAGCCUUACAGGCCAAAGCUCAGGCAGACAAUCUGAAAAAACAGGAGGAAUCCGUUCAGAAACAAGAAGCAAUGCGAAGAGCAACAAUUGAAUUUGAAUCGGAUCUUCGCCACAAAAAUGAAAUGAAACAAAUUGAAGCAAAGAUUAGAGGUGAAGCUGAAGUUGAACGACAAAAUCGUGACCUGCGUCUAGAACGUGCACGUGUUGACGCCCGAGAGUAUCGUCAAACAGUCUUGGAAUCCAUAACAACUGCUGGCUCUGUCAUUGGUAAUGGUAUCAGCAAUUUCCUGUCAGAACCUGACAAGAUGGCCACUGUCAUUGGUUCACUAACGUUAUUAGCUGGCGGCGUAUAUGGGGCUAAAUAUGGGAUCGGAACAUUUACUAAAGUUGUAGAAUCUCGUAUAGGUAAACCGGCACUUGUGCGUGAGACUUCCCGACUAAAUAUAGUAGAUACUUGUCGUCACCCCAUCAAGACAGCCAAAACGGUCUUUCAGCGUCCUACGGAUCCUCUAGAAGGUAUAAUUUUGCGACCUGAGUUGGAAGCAUCUUUGAGAAAAAUUGCAAUUGCAACCAGACAUACCAAAGCAAAUAGAGGCUUUUAUCGAAAUAUCCUAAUGGCAGGUCCUCCUGGUACUGGAAAAACUAUGUUUGCAAAGAGUUUGGCUAUGCAUUCGGGUAUGGAUUACGCGAUUUUAACUGGUGGAGAUAUUGCACCUAUGGGCAGUGAAGGAGUUACUGCAGUCCACAAAGUUUUUGAAUGGGCCAAAACUAGUCGUAAAGGAGUUUUACUUUUUGUGGAUGAGGCUGAUGCAUUUCUUCGUAAAAGAGACCAAGAACGAAUAAGUGAAGGUGUCCGAGCAACUUUAAAUGCAUUUUUGUACAGAACUGGAGAACAGUCUAAGAAAACCAUACUGGGACAUGUCCCCGUAUCCAAGUUGAAAGCGAGCACUGGCUACGGCAAAUGUACCUUGCUCCACAAAAGCAGGUAAACCGGUAGAUGCACAUGGGGGCGACCAGACGGGGAAUCUUUUCCGCAUACAGAAAACAAGUUCCUACCAGUGAACGUUAUUUUCAUUUUUGCCGCAUAGAAUGUUCUGUUUAUCUCUGUCGUCAAACAAUUUUUGAUUACAUCAGAUGUUCGAUCACUUUUAAAUUCCAAAUUUAUAUAAAGAUUUUUCGUUAGAACGGAACAACCGGAUUCCUUGUUACUACUUCUUUUCAUAUUCUUAUCUAUGAAGCGGUUUGGAUAGCCAUUUUUCAUCAGUUUUCCUGAGGAAUAUUUAUGUUAGUUUUAGCCAGUAAUCAACCUGAACAGUUUGAUUGGGCAAUUAAUGAUCGUAUGGAUGAAAUUGUUCAGUUCACACUACCUGGUUUGGAAGAGCGUGAACGAUUGGUCAGGCAUUAUUUCGAUCGUUUCCUUCUUCAACCUUCGUUAACCAAAAGUCACCGUAUUCGCCUAGCUGAAAACAUAGAUUAUGCCGUAAAAUGUGCAGAGAUCGCUAAAAGAACGACUGGCCUCUCUGGACGCGAAAUUUCUAAAAUUGCAGUUGGAUGGCAGACAGCUGCAUAUUCCAGCGAAGACGGUGUUUUGACAGAAGGCAUGAUGGAUGCUGUUGUCGACAGUGCUAUUGCAGCUAAUCGUCAAAAACAAGAAUGGCGACACUAUAGACUUCCUGACGCGGUAGACGCUGUUCCAAACUAGUACCACUUACAAUAAGGAAGCUACCAGCUUUUGCAUUAUGCAUCACAUCUGUUAUUUACUAAUCUAUACAUAUGAUUCCCUGUGUACCUAAUCAGUAGUCUUUUUGAGAUAAGAUCAAGUAGCUUUUUCAAUCGCCAGAUAUAGUAUAAAAUUGUCAACUAAUUUUCUCCCUUAACAAAAGGCUUGUUAUGUCUGGUUUUUCUUCACGCAAUGAACCAACAAUGAAGUUUUUUUACAAAUUCAUUAAACGGUUCUGUGGGCACUUCAAAGAUCUUUUAUCGUGUAUAUUGGGCUGGACAUUUUGAAAUAGAUCACCAGUUUGAUUGUUUAUAGUCCGAACAAUCCAGUUUCUAACUAGCCUUAAAUAUAACUAUAAUGGUUAUUUAGACAUUUAGAGAGACGCUAGCGAGCAUCGGUCACUAAAUUCUAGAAACACCUGCAAAAGGUUGGGGUCUAUUCUACAAGAGACUCUGUGGUCAAUUUAAUAUACCAGGAACAAAAUUGGUGUAAAAUUCUUCGUCAGAGAGAAUUUCAUUCAGACUGCAGGGAAGUCAUCUAAGUUUAUUUUUAAAGCGGACUAGCAUACAAACCUUGUUUGAGGUUUCGAAAUUUACUUAAGAUCGAACUCCCCAGUUCUUUAUGCUGAAAAGUAAUGCUGGCAAUAUUUCCUAAAUCGUUAUCAGGAUUUGGAAAAUGGACUAUAACACCACAGUAAAGCGACCAGCCUAAAACAAGGUAGAGACUAUAGUUAAACCAUGCAAAAUGUGGAUUCAACCGAGCAUUCCACAUGCGAUACUAACACAUUGUGUGAUUGUGCUCAUUCCUGUUAUAUUGCUUGGUCUCUAACCACUAAUUUGUACCAUAAUGUCCUCAGUUCUCAUUUAGCACACUGGUGGUUUGUCCACCCUUAAUUUCGCAAUGAUUUUGAAUUGCAUGUCGUGGUAGUAGUGGUUUGAUAUUCAGUCAGUGUAGACUUGUAGUUUAAUUCUUUUCAAGCGAAGAGUGUAUAGUAUUCUUCGUCUAAUGAUUCAAGAACACUAGAAACGAAAGCGAUCGGUCACCCGCAAUCUACAUGUAUCUUCAUCUCUUCACGGAAGUCCCACAGUUUUACGGUUCUUAUGGAAGACAAAUGCACCUGCGCAGUUUUCAAGCUAAUGAAUUCCAACAAAGAAGUUCUCCUUAAGGUUAGACAGUUACCGAACCACCUUUGAAACCUAAGCCAGUGCCACAGCCAUUAAAAUCACGAUUGUUUAUAAAGCAAUGUGGUGAGUUAUGCAGUCAUCGGGUGAUAGGUUUCUUAUAGAUUAUUAAUAGUACAUAUUUCGGGAAGUGACUUAUAUCAAUUGGUAUUAUGCAUGAAAGAGCUUUAUCAACUUUGAGUGUGGGAGAUUAUAUUGCAAUGACAAAUUAUAGUAUAGAUAUGAACCAAGAUUAGGCCUGCCCCACAGAUGGCAGAAAUGACCAAAGAGUCCUCGUAAGUUAGAGAAUGACGGCAUACAAAAUAAACUGUGAAUACAACAGUCAGUACAUCACGAACAGACUGUCGACAGUUUUACCGCUUUUAUGCGGAGUUAGCAUAAGCGUGAACCCUGUAUUUUUAAAUGAGUAAAUGAAAGAAAUAUCCUUAGCCUAUUUUAUUUUUAAUAAGAUUCUUGAGCUUUCUUUACCAUUAGGGAACAGUCUCGAAAAUUCUAUCAUUUAUUAGGUGCAUAACUGAAGUCAUUUGAUAUGACAUCAUCCUACAUGGUACGGUUACUGUCAAACCUUGGAUGCUUUUUGCUGAUAGUCCGUUACUUCCCCUUUUUGGAGGAAUGGUUUGGGAGUGUGGCUUAAGUGGAUAACUAGCUUGAGAAAUGCACGAUCAAAAGACGUUCUGUAAUUCUGCUUGACAAAUAACAAUUUGCUAGAUUCCUUAACAAAAAUAGAAGGGAAAAUAUCACAAAAUAUUAUAUUAGGCUGUUAACCGCUUACAACGUAAAAGCAGAUGUUAUCAUUAUUACAUAGCAGACAUCCCGUUUUUGAAGUCAUUUUGGUAAAGCUCUUAAAACAUACGUCCACCAUAUCCGUAAGUUUGUUUCAGUGCAGCAAGGAAAAUAGUGAGCCAUCCAUCGCGGGUAUUUUCCAAGUCAUAGGCAGGAACAUUUUUCUGUGCUAAAAAAAGGCGCGUUCCACCUUCAAAAGCAUUCAUUUCCAAAGUCAGUGAGCUGUAGUGGUUCUCAGGCCAAUCGCGUUUACGCCACCUCAUUUGAAUACUUUUACCAGGAUCCUGAACAUUCGUAGACAACAAAAUGAUUCACAUUAAUUCAAACUUUAAGCAUUAAAGUUGAACUAUUAAAUGGCUGAGACAAACAAUAUCCAGUAGUGAACAGACUAACUGUGAGUAAUCAGAACUUUAUUAACAGAAAGUAUCCCAGACGGCUAAUAUGCAUAAACAAGUUUGGGACACGUAAAAAUGAUACCAUAAGUUUCACAGGAAUGAUAACCGCAACACCAACGAAACAAGAAAUAUUGCCAAGCAGAAACAUGGGGACUAUUGGUGCUUAACUUUACUGUGGAGACGCACUAUGCACAUACUUGAUAACAAAAACGUCACGUUCAUCAGUACGAUUUAUAUAGGUGUUGUGGAUGCGGAGGAAUAGACCAAUAAUUAUCAUGUUGAGUCCAAUGGUGUCCUUGGACUUUAAAUGGACAUUUCUUAUUGGUCGAUAUCUGUUCACUUGUUGAAUAUUGUACAAAAUGUUGUUUUCUAUUUUAUGGUACGAUGUGGUAUGCUUGAUUGGUAUAUAAACUAAGUAUGUUUGAAAUAUAAUGAUUCAUAUCU